AUGUCUGCACGAUACCAGUCCGAAGAUGUUGACCCAGCGCCACUUGGCAAGCCACUACAUUUCGAGUUCGCCAACAGGACAGCGCCAAAUCGCUUCCUCAAGGCUGCCAUGACUGAGCGUUUAUCGAGUUGGGAUCCCAAGGUUCACGAGAAGCGAGGCGUACCUUCUGACAACCUGAUCAACGUCUACAAGAGAUGGGGCGAAGGUCAGUACGGCGUUAUCCUCACAGGCAAUGUUAUGAUUGCGUACGACCACCUCGAGGCUCCAGGCAACCCUAUCGUUCCACCAGAGGCUAAAGCCGAGCCUGGUGAUGCCCGGUUCGACGCUUUCAAGAAGAUGGCCGAAGUCAGCAAAGCCCACGGCUCACUCGUCGUCGCUCAGGUGUCACAUCCAGGCCGACAGGUCGAACAGCGCAUCCAACCCAACCCUCUCUCAGCAAGCGACAUCCAGCUCGAAGGAGAGAUCAUGGGUUUACGUUUCGCCAAGCCCCACGCAGCCUCCAUCGAUGAGAUCAAGACCUUAAAGAAGCAGUGGGUUCACUCCGCACAGUACCUACAAAAGGCAGGCUACGACGGAAUCCAACUCCACGGCGCCCACGGCUACCUCCUCGCCCAAUUCCUCUCACAAACCACAAACAAGCGAACAGACCAAUACGGCGGCAGCCUAGAGAACCGCGCCCGAAUCAUCACCGAAAUCGCCGACGAGAUCCGCGAGGUCGUCCCAACCUCGACAGGCUUCAUCCUCGGCAUCAAGAUCAACAGCGUCGAGUUUCAGCAAUCAGGCUUCAGCCCCGAAGAAGCCAAAGAACUAGUCUCUCUGCUCGAAACCCACAAAUUCGACUUUGUCGAACUCAGCGGCGGCACAUACGAAUCCCUCGCGUUCCAACACAAGCGCGAAUCGACCGUGAAGCGCGAGUCCUUCUUCAUCGAGUUCGCUGAGCAGAUCACACCUGGCCUCAAGCAUACCAGGAGUUACAUCACUGGCGGCCUCAAGACCGUCGGCGCCAUGAUCCAGGCCCUCAAUGCCGUCGACGGUGUCGGCCUCGCUCGUCCAGCUACACAGGAAUUUAGAUUACCCAAGGAUAUCUUGGAAGGCAGAGUUAAAGGCGCGAUUGAGCAGAAAAUCGACCAGAAUAACUUUGGUCUUACGAAUGUUGCUGCGGGUACUCAAAUACGUCAGGUUGGAAAGGAUCAGGAUCCGAUUGAUUUGAGUAAGCAGGAGAAUGUGGAUGGAUUCAUGAAGGAUAUGGGGACUUGGGGGCAGAAGAUGCAGGAGGAUGCCGCGAGUAUGGGAAUGUAUGGGUACGUUGAUAUUCAGAGUGUGGAGAGUCGGCCGUAUGGUGCGCAGGCUGCUUAA